AUGCCUUUCACAUUCCUCUUGGUCUUCCUGUCGUUGCUGGCACUUCCCUACGGGUCUGUACCAGCCGCCGCAGAGGAAGUCAUUGAUGACCUGGUUGUAUACACUUUAUUCGCCAGUUAUUCCUGUCCCAGAUGUGCACAAGGACAGACCGAUGGACCUUCCGGUAGAGGAAGCAUCUUCGAAGCCAAAGGUGCAACGAGGGGAGUGGAAUACGGUAGUGUUCUGGUCACCGAUAGCGGUGGUGCUGGUUCCUCCGUGCGGCUUGUGAAUAGAAGUGGAGUAUUCACCGUUGCUGGUAGUGGUGUAAAGAGAGGUUUGGUAAAUGGAGCUUCAGGUCAAGCGUUAUUUGAUCGACCAACAGGUAUUGUACGAGUGGGAGAUACACUCUAUGUUGCCGACACGGGUAAUAAUGCUGUUCGACGCAUUGCAGGUGACGGAACGGUGAGUACAUUUCUCAAUAAUCAACAGGUGUCUUCUCCACGGUAUAUAUUACCCUACAGGAGACCCGAAGGCACAUAUGAUCUCUUUGUUGCUGAUACUGCCAGAACCCGUAUUAUCUUUGUUGCCUUGACGGGAACAGAUGUGGUAAGUGAGUAUCUCACUGGUUUUCAACCAGGUCUUAUGCAAAUUGGUACCACAACGAGAAGAAUGUAUGCCACUGCGAACACAUCCUAUCUUGUCUCUAUUAAUAUGGUGGCCAAUAAUGAGAAACCGACUUAUUGGUAUAUUGGUAAUAUCUCCUGUUUGGGUUAUUCUGCUGGUCUCAUGUUAACGCCGGAUGAGAAUGAAUUAUACUACUUUGGUGGUGUUGGCGGCAAAAAACAAUUAUUGGCACUAUCCACAACUGCAACAGAAGAAGAGGCCCCCAAGCUUUGCCCCCGUGUGGUGAUGAACUGGACAAAAGAAAAUAUUGUUUCUCUUGUGAGUGUCAGUAGACAUGAGUUUUAUGCGAUAACCACCACUAAUGUAUAUAUUAUACGAGAUGCAACCUACACGACGACGCCAACACUGGGAAAUACCCCAACGGAAACUCCAACCAUCACUCUUACAGUCCCAAUAACACCAACAGAGACAAUACCCCUCACUCCCACGAAAACAUUUACACCAACGUUAACGCCAACAAUUUCACUUUAUCGUGCUGUGGCGGUGGCUGCCUUUCCAACGGAGAGUUUUCCCAUUAACAGUUCCAUACUCAUGCAUGAGUUAUAUGCAUGGCUUAUGCGAGAUGUAGGAAUUGCCCUUGGCAGCCUUGAUUUCACGGCGUUAUUUCAACCACCUGGUAAUGAUGUACCAGGAGACGUAAAUGUCUCUCAAUGGAAUAAUCUCACUACACUGCAUAGUCAUGAUGGGACGAUUACCAUUACGGAGUACCUUACAGCAUUUGGUAUGGCCAGUGAAGAUGCCCAGGCCCGUCUCUUUGCCUCUCCAUGGUAUUGGACACGUCUCUUCUUAAGUACAGUCCCUGAACGAGCACCCGGCACGGUAUUGGAGGAAUUCUGUAUGAUUAGAUGUACAACGGAAUGUGUGGAUUUAACGUACAGACGCGAAAUGUGUGUGGGUUAUAAACCACCACCGGCCUGUGAUGAAGUCUGCGCUGGUGCGAUUGCCUCCUCUAUUGUACUCGGUCUCACAGGUGUGGCGUUGGUGGGUCUUAUGAUCGCCAGUCCAGUGAAUGUACUGAGAGCUGUUUUGAUGGUUCCACCCUUUUAG